CUGGGGUACUUCAGAGAAAUAGAAGUUAUCCAAAGUCGGUCGAAUUCUCUGUGACUGUGGAUCACUUGUACUUCAUCUAACCCAGCGGCACAUCAGGAGGACACGUGGAUGCUGUUGUCUUGGUCUUGCAGAUGUUGACUGAUCGUGCGUGGACGGCGGGGGUCCUUACAGCUGUUCUCCUCCCUAUGAUUAGGGGUUCUGGUGGACGUGGUCCGCUUCACGUACUUUAUGGGAGUUCAUUCUGCAUAUGGAUACAGCACUGUAUACCACCGUACACUGUAUGUAUGUGGCAGAAGGCUGAUCUUAAUAAACUCAGAAUGGUUCAGGUUAAGGUAGCUUAGCAGGCUAAGGAAAUCAUGGAACUUGUGUUUCGUGUGCGUGUGCACUUCUUGGUGAAUGGUAGAUCAACCUGAGGAAGUGGCGGAGCAGGCUGUUGAAGAAUGCCGGGAAUGUCCGGAGUCAUGAGUGUGGUUCAGCUCCACUCAUUUUCUUAUUGAUCUGUUUGCAAUUCGUUUAACAUUGAAAUCGUGUAAAAAAUACUUGAAUGUGUGUAUCUGCCUUUUUGGUGAGAAAACCUCCAUGAAAUAAAACUCAAUAAACAAGACGGUAAGCUCUUGUUUCUAAAGAGUUCAUGUGGACGGCAGCUUUCCUAUCUCAGACCCUCACCGUGAAGAACAUCACCGGGGAGACCUGAUGUUUACCUUUUUGAAAGAAAGCCCCCAAAAAAUUGGGUCCCCCCCGUGAUGUCAUCAGGUGACCACUUCCUGUUUAGAUCUGCAGGUUGUAAACACGGUUGUCAUGGUGAUGUUUCGGGUUGCCACUGACGCCUUUCAACAAAAGAUCUAUGCUCUCGAGCCGCGGCGCUGUCAGGUGUCUGAGCUGGACAGGAAUGAUCUCUCUACUGGUCUCUAUACUGGGAAAUAGUAUACUGGAUCUCUGCUGGCCUCUCUACUGGGAAACAGUGUACUGGACCCACAGACUUUGUUAAAUGUCAAUAUACUGGUCUGUACUGGGUCUACGGAUAGUACACUGGUCUAUACUGGGUCUACAGAUAGUGCACGGGUCUGGAAUGGGUCCAUAGACUGUGUUCUGGUCUGUACUGGUCUGUACUGGGUCUACAGGCAGUGUUCUGGUCUGUACUGGUCUGUACUGGUCUACAGAGCGUGUUCUAGUCCAUGGCUCACUGCAGCAGGUCUCUGGAUGUCCGGUUCGCUCUAGAAAGAGCCAAGAAGAAAAUAUGUGGCUUGGAACACAAACUGUCUGCACUAUCGACGGUUUCGGACGGCGAGGAGAACGAGGUCGCAGGGUUGCCAUGGACGCAGAACAAGGAGCUCAAGGAGUCCCUGGUGGACAUGUAUAAAGCUAAUCCAAACGUCAACCAGGAGCUGAGACAGUGGCUGUCCCCGACCCACAGCCUCCCGCCAGGGUUAACUGGGUACACUGGGUUAACUGGAGCCGUGCUGCCCAAACCCCAGGACACAUUCCAAGGCGCCGCCUGUCUGCAACGCUCCUCCUCCAGUCCAGCUCCAGUUCCGGGCAUCAUGGAGGCGUCCCCUAGCCCCGCCCCUUUCACCCAGACAGACACCACAGGCCACGCCCCCUCCCUCCAGGCGGACGGUGGUGGCCACGCCCCCCUGGCCUCCCCGGACACCAGAUCCAGAGGUCUGAGCAGAGAGAAGAACGUUUCUUUUCUGUUGAAGGAACUCGACUCUCUGAGGGCCGUCAACAGCAAGCUGCAGCUCCAGCUGGUCCACCAGCAGAAGGAGGUGGAGGAGCAUCAGCUUGGAGAGGAGUUCAGGACCUCCCCUCAACUCCUCCCUCAAGCUGUCUUCCAGGAGCUGUGCGCCGCCCAACGGGAGCGGGACCAGGCUCUGAUGUCACGGCUGCGUCUGGCCAAUGAGGAGCGAGAUGAGGCCCUGCUCCGUGCCAAACGGCUCCAGCAGCAGGAGGAAGAUAUAGAUUCCUGGUUGCUCCAGGAGGGCAAACAGAUGGAGGAUGUAACCCCAGCGUUUAAUAUGGACCAGGACGUGGAGGAGGUCCUGGGGGGCCUGGCGGAGGCGGACUCGGCCCGCUCCGUCCAGCAGACGGGGGCGGUCCUCCUGGCUCUGCUCCAGAAGGCCCGUCAGCGCCACCGCGACAUCACCACGCAGGAGAUGACGGUCCUGAUCGACGAGAGGGACCGCACCGCCACCAAGUUGAAUCGUCUGGAACUACUGACCAGAGAAAAGAACCAGGCAGCACACGACGCCUGCAAGGAGGAGCUGGAGAGAGCGGAGCGGGAGAGAGACCGGGCGCUGGAGCAGCAGCAGCAGCUGGAGGGGGAGAUCAGCAGGCUCCAGGGCGAGUCGCGGCGGGCGCUGGGCCACGGCCCCCCCCCGGCCCCGGGGCCCAGAGAGGGGGGCGAGGUGCUGGGUAGCACUGCAGGCCAGGAGCCCGCGCUGACCCAGAGCUCCCAUCCCUCCAGGCAGCAGCAGGACCUGGAGCAGAGGCUACAGGCCUCCCUACAGGCAGAGGGGGAAGCCUGCGCAAAGAUACAGAAGUUGGAGCGGCUGGUGGAGGUGUUGAGGAAGAAGGUCGGAACCGGCAGCCUCCGCUCUGUCGUCUGACCCCGACGACCUCCUGACCUCCUGACCCCCGAUGACCUCUUGACCUCCCCCUCCUCUCCCAGGGGGUUUGGGGUCGUUUCAUUUAUAUAUUCCCGUCUACCAUUACAAACACUACACAAUACUAUAUUUAUUAUCGAAAUAAGAAUUUCUGGUAUUCCCAACACGAUAUAACAUUAUAUUUAAUUAUUUGAAUAAGAAUAUCUAGUAUUAUAUACACUUUACUACAUUAUAUAUCAAAAUAUUCAUAUUUUUGUUAUAGUUUGAAUAUGCCGUACUCGUGUUCCAAACCCAACAUUUGUAUUGAUUGAUUCUGGUAUUAUCGGAGAGUAUUAUUAAGGUCAACGUUGCUUCAUUCCUUUUUAUUGUCCUUGAUAAUCAUUAUUAUUAGAUCAUUAAACAUGUGCCCAAUAUUCUGGAGUUGUUCUAAUGGAGAAGUUUGUGCGUUCCUCUGGGCUAUGAUUAGUUUUAGUCUUGGUGGUGGAAAAGUGUCUCCUCUCAGUGUUUUAAGUUUUAAGUGUUUUAAUAUAGAGCGACAUGCUCAGGGACUCGCUUUUCAUUUCCUCUGAUUAAAAACACGUGGGCCUACUUUGGUUUCCCCAAACAAUUUGACUCUAAAUAAAUCACUGCCUUUUCUUCA